AUGUCGCUUCCAGGACUCAAGACAUUACAUAAGAAGCCUUACCCCGUUAUCUACCCUACUCGUCCAGAACUCAGCCAAGAGGGCCGCACGAUCCUCAUUACAGGAGGAAACAGCGGCAUAGGCUUCUCUAUCGCUCGUUCCUUUGUAAUUUCCAAGGCAAAGCGAGUCAUUGUUGCAUCUCGCCGACAUGACUCUAUCCAGACUGCUGUGAGCAAGCUGGCGAAACAGGCUAAAGAUAGUGGUUCGCCGACCGCUGCUGAAGGGCGUGUCUGUGACGUGGGAGAUCUGAACUCUACUGCCUCGCUUUGGCAGGGGCUCAAGGAUGAUGGGAUACACGUCGACACGCUAGUCCUCAGCGCGGCAUCACUGGGUAAAAACAAGCCUCUGCUAGAAGCCGGACGUGAUGGAGUCUGGGAUGACUUUGAAACAAACACACGCGCUACCAUUGACUUCACCACCAGGUUUUAUGGCCAAGAGGCUCAGGGGAUUGAGACACACAAAGCCUUGAUUAGUCUCAGUACUUGUGUGACCUACAUGAGGCAUUACGCAAGUGACCGUCCGUCAUAUGGCAUCACGAAGCUUGCUGGUACAGACUACCUCCAACAGCUAGCGUUUGAAGUUGGCCCGAAAAAAAUGCAGAUAUCUAUUUUUCAUCCUGGCAUCAUCUUCAAUGAACUUGCCGCGGCGCGUGGCAUGGACGAGACUACAUAUCCUUGGGAUGAUGAGAACCUUCCUGGAAACUUUGCCGUGUGGGCAGCAAGUCCCGAGGCGGAGUUUAUUCACGGACGCUUCGUCUGGGCGGCUUGGGACGUUGAGGAGCUUAAGACGCGAAUUGAAGAUGGGGUGAAGAAGAACCCGAGGUUCCUGAUGGCUGGUAUUGAGGGUCUAUCAGUGAGCAUAGAUGGUAUUUAA